GGUAAUAUGAAUAUUAGAUUUUAUUGACUGAGAUUGCGACCAUGAGCUUUUGAAAUUUAUACAAACAAAAUGAUUUAUUAUAAUAAUAUAAAAGAAAUGGGAAGAGGGACUUUUGGUACCAUUCACCUUUGCGAGAGAAUACACGACAAGCAGAAAUUAGUAAUCAAGCAAAUUUAUUUGGAAGACGAUGGGAAACAGUUAAAGGCAGCUCAAAACGAAGUAGACAUUUUGAAAUCGCUAAAUAAUCCCAAUAUCAUUAAAUAUUAUGACAAUUACUAUGACCGAAAGGGGGUAUUUUAUAUCGUAAUGGAAUUUGCUAGUAAAGGGACUGUACAACAACUGAUCGAAAGAGAAAGACCGAAUACUUUCCCUCCUCAGUAUGUGAUGGACUUGUUUUGCCAAAUGUUGAUGGGUCUGGAUCACAUACACCAACACAAAGUUAUUCACAGAGAUCUGAAGACGGAAAACAUAUUUUUGACUGGAUUAAAAGGAGACGUUGUAAAAAUUGGUGAUUUUGGCAUAUCGAAAACGUUGAUAAAUGGGAAUAAAGCAUCUACAAUAAUCGGGACGUGUAAUUAUUUGGCACCCGAACUAUGUAAUGGUAAUGAGUACAAUUCAAAAACUGAUAUUUGGGCGUUAGGAUGCGUCUUGUAUGAAUUAUGCGCAAUGGAAAGAAUGUUUUCAGGAACUGUAUCCAACGUGGUUUUGUCGAUAGCAAGUGGUCGCAAAAAGCAGGUAAAUACGAAAAUGUACGGCAGACAAAUGCAAGAAAUUAUUGACAUGAUGUUACAAGCCAAUCCCGACAACAGACCUACUACCAAAGACUUGAUUACCGAUCCAGAUGUUUUCUCCACACUGUAUGCCUUGGGGCCCUCCCUGGGAUGUAUUGACGAAUAGAGUUUUAAUUUAUUUUUAAUAUGUGACCUGUUUACUUGUUAUACUUGUUUUUUAUUUGACAGUCCAUGUAUUGAUAUUUUAUGUACCAGUAAUAAUAAAGAAUCAAUUUUU